AUGAAAUCCAAAAUCAGUCUGGCUUUCCUGCUCUCCCUCACCCUUUCUGUUUCGGCAGCACCACUGGAGCAAAGCAUCCAGGUCAAAUUCAACAACGGAGUCAAAACGACCGAAGAGGCUGUUAUCUCAUAUCACCUCUCAAACGCAGGCCUUUAUCUCUGCGACCGUUCAGGUUUUGUGGGACAUUGCGUCCACUACGCAACUCCCUUCGGACAGUGCGUCGAUCAGUUCCCUCACGGUAAAGGAGUCAAAUCGGCUAGUUCCGACCAGGGAAGCCGAUGCACGCUGUACUCGUCCACCACCCUGGGUAUCCGGAUCUGCGCCACCAAGACUGGGGUGAUCGGGCUCGCAGCUACAGUUGCAGACCUGCUGAGUGACAGGCUGCUUGCAGUUGGCAAGAGCAGGCAAGAGCAGGCAAGAGCAGGAGAGGCGUAUCAUAGCAUGAUAGAACUUGGAUCGCAAUCGUGA